GGGCCGGAGGGCAGCAUGGCGCGGGGGCGGCGGCGGGCGGCGGAGGACGCGCUGCCCAUCCUGCGGGACCCCGACCCGCCGGCGGCGCCCCCCGAGCGGGCCCGCGGGCGCGGCCAGGCGCGGAGGCGACUGCAGCAGUACGGCAAGAACGUUGGCAAAGCUCUGCAGAAAGGAUGUCGCUACUUGAUGAUUGGUCUACAAGGAUUAGCAAACGCCUAUACAGCUCCAUUUGGAGUGGCAACGUCAGUGUCCGCACUGGUCCGUUAGAGUGGCUUCCAUGUCUCCAGAAGAAGGAUAAAAUGAAUGUUCUUAGAGGAGUAACUUGAUUUGUUCCUUCCUUGUGUCGGAUCAACUGCUGAAACCUACAUCUGAGAAAUCUUUUCAAUGCAAUAAACACAAUAAUGUGACAGCGUAUUCUAAUGGAUUGAUUGCACUUCUACAGUGCCUUUCAUGCAGUCAUCUCAGGCAGUUCUCAGCCAUUAAAUUCAAAUUAACUGAAAGAAGGUGAAAGGAUAAGGAAAUAGCCUCAAAUGAAUUGAGCCAAAGUUCAUAAUUAUAGUUGAAUUAAUUAGGCUACAUGUGCAGAAAAGCCAAAGAGAAGGAAAAGCAAGUAGAAGAUGGAGGGGGGUAUGUGUAGACAUGCAGUGAGAAGAGAGGAGAGGAUCAGAUAGAGAUUUGGUGCUGGUUGAAAGAAGGAGCAAUGAAGGGAAAUAGGGGCAACAGAGAUGUCAAGAAAAGGUGGUGUUUGAUUUGCUUCUGCCUUCUUCAUAUUUUCUUUGGUGAUGGCUAAAUAAUCAGUGCAUUAUUUUUAAAUAAAUGCUUAUUGGAUACCAUAUGUAGAGCCGGUCUCAAAAAAUCAUUAGAUUUUAAGAAAAUAGUAUAAAAGGUUUUGUUUGUUUUCUGCCUGUUUUCUUUACUGUAAAUAUUCACUGUAGGCACAGACAGAAGUGACAAUUUUCACUCCAUCUGGCCCCUGAAAACGCUUUACAGCAGUGAUCAAACACAAGUGCACGGCUGCAGAACACUUUAAAAGUGCCUGAUCCCACAACAAUCUGAACCCUCAUUGUAUUACGGAGGGUGCUUCAAAAUGGAUCACCCUCAGUAACUUCUGUCUGAGCUUACUGAGAGCAGGGCUGGGCUGAUAUAGCUCAGCCCUGUUCCCAGGGCUGUCUUCAGAAGGGGUGGAGGGGAAGGGAUUGGAGGGAGUUCAGUCUGGGGUUCUUUUAGCUGGAGCUGGGAGGGUAGGAGGUUGGAUUGGAGGUGGGGGGCUCCAGUCUACCCACCCCACCCUCCAGUGCCAGCUGAAAAAGCCCCAGACUGAACUCCCUCUGCUCUCUUCUCCCUUUCCCUUAUGAAGACAGAGCCGGAGCUGGGAAGGGGAAGGGGUGGGGCUAGGCAAGAGCAGCUGAAUCCUCCAACCCCAAGGACCCAACAGUGAAUGUCUGUUGGACCUGGGGGAUUGCUGUAACUCAUAGCGCUUUUUGCAAAGUGGUAUAAGUUACCACAGGGAGAUGCGCUUCUGUCUGCACUUUGUAGUUAUGUGUUCAGGUAUUUUUUCCUGCCAUUGUGAAAGUUUUCUGCCUUAUGCAAGCUGAGAAUAUCGUGUCAUUGCUUGACUCAAGUAGCUGUGGCUUUAAGAAUAACAACUAUUAUAAGACUUCUGGAGAAAUCUCCACUUUAUUAUUUGGAGUCAUGUUUUUGUGCCAGUCUUGUGACUUAAAUGAUUUUUCUGACAGAACCUCUCUUUAUUUUAGAUCUUCUCAUUCCUAUGGUAUGUAAUUAAUAUAGAAAAUGACUUCUUUCUUCUUUUGUUCUGAAAACAUGUUGUUUUCUUUUCUCUGCCUUUGUUUUUUUAAAUUUUUGAAUGAGCUGGAAUUGCUUCUUUCUUAAUGAGCCAGAUUGUAUCUCUUUUAAGCAUAGUAAAAAAACAAACAAACCAAAGAUGUAUUUCUAUUCUCUUUUAACUGAACUGUAAAUAAAAAUGAAAUGGUUCA